AUGCAGGCGGCUGCCGAGCAAGCUUGCCAGCACCUGGGAUCAGUGGCGACCACUCGCCCAGAGCAAGCGUCUGCAGCUUUGGCGAGCGCAUCAGCACCCGUGGAGAAUCACGUAGAGGUCGUGGCCGAUGGCGGAAGGCAGGCCAAAGACAACAAGUCAAAGUUGGGAGUGAUUGUGUCGCAGAGGACGAGGAAAGCCAUAACCGAGGAUGUUCUGAAGUAUGAUGUGACGGAGCCAAGAGGACCUGGUCAAGGCUUUCUUUGCAAAGUGGUGGUGAGGCUUGAUGGAGGAAGUGGCUCCGAGCAAAGCUUCUCUGGCAAGAUUUGCUCGAACAAAAAGGAGGCCAUGCAGGCGGCUGCCGAGCAAGCUUGCCAGUACCUGGGAUCAGUGGCGACCACUCGCCCAGAGCAAGCGUCUGCAGCUUUGGCGAGCGCAUCAGCACCCGUGGAGAAUCACGUAGAGGUCGUGGCCGAUGGCGGAAGGCAGGCCAAAGACUACAAGUCAAAGUUGGGAGUGAUUGUGUCGCAGAGGACGAGGAAAGCCAUAACCGAGGAUGUUCUGAAGUAUGAUGUGACGGAGCCAGGAGGACCUGGUCAAGGCUUUCUUUGCAAAGUGGUGGUGAGGCUUGAUGGAGGAAGUGGCUCCGAGCAAAGCUUCUCUGGCAAGAUUUGCUCGAACAAAAAGGAGGCCAUGCAGGCGGCUGCCGAGCAAGCUUGCCAGUACCUGGGAUCAGUGGCGACCACUCGCCCAGAGCAAGCGUCUGCAGCUUUGGCGAGCGCAUCAGCACCCGUGGAGAAUCACGUAGAGGUCGUGGCCGAUGGCGGAAGGCAGGCCAAAGACUACAAGUCAAAGUUGGGAGUGAUUGUGUCGCAGAGGACAAGGAAAGCCAUAACCGAGGAUGUUCUGAAGUAUGAUGUGACGGAGCCAAGAGGACCUGGUCAAGGCUUUCUUUGCAAAGUGGUGGUGAGGCUUGAUGGAGGAAGUGGCUCCGAGCAAAGCUUCUCUGGCAAGAUUUGCUCGAACAAAAAGGAGGCCAUGCAGGCGGCUGCCGAGCAAGCUUGCCAGUACCUGGGAUCAGUGGCGACCACUCGCCCAGAGCAAGCGUCUGCAGCUUUGGCGAGCGCAUCAGCACCCGUGGAGAAUCACGUAGAGGUCGUGGCCGAUGGCGGAAGGCAGGCCAAAGACUACAAGUCAAAGUUGGGAGUGAUUGUGUCGCAGAGGACGAGGAAAGCCAUAACCGAGGAUGUUCUGAAGUAUGAUGUGACGGAGCCAAGAGGACCUGGUCAAGGCUUUCUUUGCAAAGUGGUGGUGAGGCUUGAUGGAGGAAGUGGCUCCGAGCAAAGCUUCUCUGGCAAGAUUUGCUCGAACAGAAAGGAGGCCAUGCAGGCGGCUGCCGAGCAAGCUUGCCAGUACCUGGGAUCAGUGGCGACCACUCGCCCAGAGCAAGCGUCUGCAGCUUUGGCGAGCGCAUCAGCACCCGUGGAGAAUCACGUAGAGGUCGUGGCCGAUGGCGGAAGGCAGGCCAAAGACUACAAGUCAAAGUUGGGAGUGAUUGUGUCGCAGAGGACGAGGAAAGCCAUAACCGAGGAUGUUCUGAAGUAUGAUGUGACGGAGCCAAGAGGACCUGGUCAAGGCUUUCUUUGCAAAGUGGUGGUGAGGCUUGAUGGAGGAAGUGGCUCCGAGCAAAGCUUCUCUGGCAAGAUUUGCUCGAACAAAAAGGAGGCCAUGCAGGCGGCUGCCGAGCAAGCUUGCCAGUACCUGGGAUCAGUGGCGACCACUCGCCCAGAGCAAGCGUCUGCAGCUUUGGCGAGCGCAUCAGCACCCGUGGAGAAUCACGUAGAGGUCGUGGCCGAUGGCGGAAGGCAGGCCAAAGACUACAAGUCAAAGUUGGGAGUGAUUGUGUCGCAGAGGACGAGGAAAGCCAUAACCGAGGAUGUUCUGAAGUAUGAUGUGACGGAGCCAAGAGGACCUGGUCAAGGCUUUCUUUGCAAAGUGGUGGUGAGGCUUGAUGGAGGAAGUGGCUCCGAGCAAAGCUUCUCUGGCAAGAUUUGCUCGAACAGAAAGGAGGCCAUGCAGGCGGCUGCCGAGCAAGCUUGCCAGUACCUGGGAUCAGUGGCGACCACUCGCCCAGAGCAAGCGUCUGCGGCUUUGGCGAGCGCAUCCGUGCCUGAGGCUUUGACCGAGGCAGGAGGGAAGUUCAGUCAUUGCAAAAAGAAGAACAACCAGAAGAAGAAGAAGAAGAAGAAGAAGAAGAAGAAGAAGAAGAAGAAGACGAAACUUCUCCGGUCCCCGGGCGGCUACGCGGCAGCUCUGGUGGCGGCGCCAGCGCCGCAGCUGCUGCAGCCAGCACUGCCUGCGAACCAGGCUAUGCUGCCUAGGGAGGCCUGGCCAGCUGAGUCCCGUGUGGCACUGCCGGAUGGCAGUGGCUACGCCCUCCAGGCGGCCUUGCAGUGUGACUCCAUGGUAACAUGCGAUGGGUUACAAGCGUUUACAAUCCUUAUGUUUGUCGGACUGCUUACAGACGAGAACAAAUCGUUCGUGAACUUGUGCAUUCCCAUAUCAUUGGCAUACCAGGCACAUGUACUUCCCAAGAUGCGGUUGGCAUUCCAGUGUCCCAGACACAGGUGGGCACGCAUUUGUGGAUUGAGUGGGGGCGCAGAGCAGGGAGGGCUGAACAAGCCGCUGGUGUGGCUAUUGCGCUACGUCGGAAUGUAUUCCAUGAUCGGAAUGUCAGACAAGUUUAUCAGCCUCCUGAAGAACUGGCGGGCAGGUUCGGGGCAGUGCGGCUUGUUCGUGGUGAUGUGGACUUGUGCGCAAUUGUCGUGUAUCAGUAUCCUGAGCCUCACCCCCCCAACACAGAUGCUCAGCGCAGACAGGCUAAGCGCCUGUGGAUGUAUGUGGCUGCUUUUCUUGACAGGCUUCCUCAUAGAUGCCUUCCUGUCCUCCUCCUGGAUGCAAACGGGCACACAGGGCUUCAUCGGCAUGAGGGCGGAUUUGCACACAUCAAUAGUGAAGCAGUGGGGCAAGCGGACGCCGCGCUUGAAAAUUUCAAUGGAUGCGUUGCAGGGCGUGCGUAGGCCACAGUUCCUUGCGGACGUUGAAAUUGCUUGUGAGCAGGCGUUGCCGAAGCUUGAGCUUCCUGUGCUACAGCGACCCACUGUUGUUUUUCAGGCCUUGCAUGAUGCACUGGCGCAGGCAACCAAACUGCAUUACUCUGGUGGCCUGGUGGUGCAAAAACUAAGUGUGAUCGACCUGCUGAUACGCGGGAGGCGCUGUUCCAUACCCAGGCAGCCAAGACAUGCCUUGUUCAGACUGUGCUUCCUGCUGCUAGUCGUGACUCACUGCAGUUUUUGGCCAACCUUCUCCAACAGUGGAAGCGAUUGGCAGCCUUCUGGAGGGCACGUCGGGCUUCAGAUGUGCUUGUCAAGCGCGAUCGUGAAUCAUGGAGGCAGGUUUGACAGGCCAAAAUCUGUGCAGCCAACAUGUUCGUACUGGUUGUCGUAUCUGCAACAAGACGGGCCUGAUGGUGGUUGCCAGGCCAAGUCCAUUGAUUGGGAGGACGUUUUUCAAAAAGCAUGCCAGCCCAGGACCCUGGUGCGUGCACUUGAUGCAGCCAAAGAUCUUGCGUGGCACGAUUUUCACGGAAUUUGCCAGCGGGGUCGUCGAUUGCAGCCUCGAAAGGGGUAUCCUUCCUGGGGCAUGCCAGCAGAGGUUUGGCGACAAGUUCUUUUUCCAACCUGGAAAUUUUCUCAAGUCAGGUUCGGAAUUGGCUACGCUGACAGAUGCUCGUUGCCUAACGGCCACUUUCAGAAACUCUUUCACCAGCUGCUCCUCUCUAUCAGGAGUUACGACGAAGUUCCUGUACAAUGGCAAAGGAGCGAGGUCAUUGAGUUGGAUAAGCACAAUGGCAAAGCAAAAUGCGCUGGUGUUCGCGCCAUCAACAACUUGGACACUAUGGGCAAACUCUACUUCGGAUGGCUCGGAGGCAGAUGCAAACAACAGCAUCUCCGGCACUAUGCCGCGGGAUACAUUUGUAACAAAAGCCGAUUGGAUGCGAUGCUGGUGCAGAACGCUACUGCGUGGCGAGCAAAGAAACACGGCUUGUCCGUUCUCACCUCCUCGCAUGAUGUUGCCAAUGCCUUCUACAGUCCGCUUCGCAGCGUCCUACACGAUUGCGUUGAGCGCGUUGCGCAGCCAGUGGAUGCAUCUCUUCUUCAGCAGCGGCACAGCGAAGCUUACAUGUGCAUCAAAGCGUGUGAUGGCAAUAUCAAUGUGCAGCCACAGACUGGCAUUCUACAAGGAGAUGGGUUCGCUUGCGAACAUUUCCUUCUUGCCUAUCAUCCAGCGAUUGACGAGUACUGCGCUGACAUGCUUACAGCGGUGGGCGAGGAGUUUGUUUCAGUGGACCCGGUGUCACAAGAACGUGUUGACUGUUCCUUGUCUUCAUAUGCCGAUGAUGUUUGCAAAAAACAUGUGGUCUCGAAUCCUGACGAUAUGGCCUUUCGUUCUGGCUUGUCCAACUGCUUGUUCGACGCCGCUCUGUCCAAGGUCGGCAUCGCGCAAAACGCAGACAAGCAAGUUCAUCAUGUUCUCUUUUGUGGACAAGGCUCAGACGAUUUCAUGCGAGCCGCUUAUUCUCAAGCUUUGGUGGCGGGCGGUAUGCACAGGACCAUUAAGUAUUUGGGUGGCAUUUCGCAGUAUGCUGGAGGCAAUGGGCCGGAAAUCACUGCUCGUGUCCGGGCAGCGCAGGGUGCAUGGUGCUCUUAUGGGAAACUGUGGUCCAGCCCCAAGGUGGCCGCAAGGCCGUUGGUCACCAUAUUCAAGAGCAGUGUGUAUUCACAUGUGGUUUCAGGCCUGGAGGCUCGGGUGCUCCACAAAGGCGAGUACGACAGGCUGGAUAGAUUUGUUCUCUCCAAGGGUAGGAAAGUCAUGCGUGGUGAUGCUUGUGCCAAAAUCUUGUCGGAAGAUGGGCAGAUCGCUUAUCAUGCAGUACCGUCGCACAAAGUUUGGAGGUUCUUGCAGUUGGUGCCGUCAAGCAUUGAACUGCGAGUCCGGCGGCUCAAACUCUGGCAGGAUGUGGCGAGAUGUCCGCAUAAACAUGUGCAACUUCUUGCGGCUGUCUUUGGACGGUUUUCGUUCGAGACUUUGCCUACACUGGAUUGUCAUGGUAGGCUUGCGCAUGGCUGCAAUCCUUGGGCGGUGCAGUUUCAGCAGGACAUCCAAGCAUUGGGGGAAGUGGACGACGGUGUGCGUCUGGUGCAAGAUCUGGCGGGUAGCUGCGUUCGAAUGUUCACUGAUCUUCGAGAACAGUUCAUGGCAGUUGAUUGCACGGUGUUACGGCGCCAGUUCUUGUGUGUGGCUAUCCCACCACCGGGAUUUCAAGAUACCAUCCCCCCUACAGUGCCAGAUGUCCUGCUCGAGGCUGACUUGCAGUUCGCCUGUGACUGCAAGCUUGAUGACGGGAGCAUUUGUUCUGCCAAGUUCGCGUCGCGGCAUGCUUUGGCUGUCCACAAGUUUUUCACAAAGAACGGGACUCAUGGUCAAAAUGGUGUGGCAUAUCAGGCUGCCGUCAGCAAUGUGUGCCCCUGGUGUCGCUGCAUCUUUGUUGACAAGCGUUGUGCCAAGCAGCACAUACAGAGAUCUUUCAAGCAUGGACGAUGUAAGGGCAAAGGGUGCACCACUGUACAUCAGAUUCAGCCUGUUGAUGAUGUGUCGUGUCCAUAUUGCCAAGCAGAGCAUGACACCAUGGAUGGCUUGUUGCAGUGCAUCACUACACAUGUUGCUGGGCCUACUCCAGCCCAAGCUGCAGCUCAGGACGCAGUUCCCCCCCAGUAG